GGUGGCUUACAUAACACAACCGCCCAAUGAGGAAGUGGUAGCAAGCACAGCGGAAUUUCUCGAUCGCAUCCAAGCCAAGCGCCUUUGGACGACAAAAUUUCCAGCAAACACACAUCCACAGCACAACCAUGGCCGAAUCAGCAGCGGCCGCCGUAGCGCGCCAAUUGCCCAAGGGCUUCAAGCUCGGCCAGAAGCAAGUCUUCUUACCAAACCACGUUAUCACGUUCCUCCGAAAAGACCACCUCCCUCCUAAUGAAGCCUGCUUCCAGGUCCCUCUGACCUUUACCAAGUUCGACUUGCGCGACUACCUUUUCAACCUGUAUAACGUCGAGGUCACCAAAGUACGAUCAUACGUCAAGCAACAGCCCCUGACACAGCGCUACUCCAACUCGCGCUCGUGGUAUCGCCCGCUGGCUACCAAAAUCAUGACGGUCGAGCUGGAACAGCCCUUCCAGUGGCCUGAGGUGCCCAAGAACCUGGAGGCCUGGAACAAGGACCUGUGGGAUCAGCGCGAGGCCCUCCACCAGGAGCGAACGGACCAGCAGCUCAAGGCACAGAAGCACCAUCUGCCAAUGAAGGGCCUGACAAAACGAAGCGAGGAGAGAAAAGAGCUGAACAAACUCGCCAACCAGGUCUUGUCGGGCGAGGUCAAGUGGGAGAACAAUGCGCCGCUGGACCCCAAGUGGGACAGCAUCGUCAACGAGGUGAAGCGCACAGAGGAGCAGAGCAAGACGACAAGUACGCAAUAAAAGUUUAUGACCGGAGGGAAAUCUGGUGGCCGUGGAUGGCCAGUGUAUCAUUAGAGGCAUAGCAUUUUUUUGUAAUCUACUGUAAAAAGAAACAAUUGGUGGAUCAAACUACAGCGUCGAUGCUCACGUGCGUGUAUGUGAACAGGUAUUAAACGUCAUGAUGAAGAAACCCGGCUCCAGCACUCUGGCUGCUGAAACCGGAGAACUUCGUUUCCCCAGCUCCACCAGCCAGAAGUGAGAUUUCGGGCGAAUAUCUCGAGCCCUUCGUAGUAAUUACUUCCCAAAGCGUCGGUGAAAAGCCCGCGCAGGUUGGGCUUGCGGGAAUGUAAAUCAGGCACCGCGAAGAUGAUAAGGGGUCGUAGAACUGGAGGAGGUGGUGUGCCUCUCCGUUUGGCAAUUAGAAGCGUUUCCCAAGGCUUUCUCCAAGUAGACUGUGUAUCAAAGAGAGGCUCUCCCGUGGUGGUGCACUUUACCCAUGUCCACUGAGCAGCCAAUUCGAGCCCCCAGUAAGCAAAUAGGCCAUUUGGCGAUGUCAAAAGGUCAAGAAUACUGGGCUUAUUCGUAAUCCAUACUGCCAAUAGGCCAUUCGGAGCUAGAUGUGGUGAAAUUGGUAUGGAUUCAAGAAGCUGGCGCAUCUCAGUGAUGGUUGCCACCGUGUCGUAGCUGUUUUGCUUCCGUUUGACUGACCGAUUCGGCCACGGCGGAUCCAUGACGAUGAGAUUGAACUGCGGCGCAGAGUCCGCAAAGGCGUCUAGCUUAUCCUGGAUCGUGCCAGCAAGAUAUGUCACAUAUGGGGGUAUGCGUAUCUCAGCCACCGCAUCAGCACUGCUCUCAACGUCUACCAACAGCCGCUCUAAGUGAAACGGCCCAUUGUACGAUGUCUGCAGCGUUUCCACUGCUGCAUCCACGGCGGCUGCAGUCAUCAAGUCAGCCACCUGUGCUGCAGCCGCCCCUGCACCAGUGUACAUGGAGUACGACGCCGCAUCGCGAGGUUCCGGGACGUCAAACGGUGCGGCCGGCGGCUCAGAAGAUAGAAUCCGGAACCAGCUUUCCUCUCCGGGUCGGACCUGUGCCUCUUCUAGAGAUCGCGGGAUAUCAAGAAUCACAAUGCCAUCUUCAUUGUCGCGGUACAGCACGCUUCCCUGCAGCUCCGCCGUCGAAGCCAUAGAACUGCAGGCUCGGCUCAAGUUGAUAAGAUGGUUUCUUUGUCUGGGUCGUCC